AUGAAACCCAGCUCAGGGCCAGAGGUGACCCCUCGGGCAGCCUCCGAUAUCCGAGUGUUCGCCAGUAGCUGCACCAUGCAUGGCGUGGGUCACAUCUUUGGCCCAGGGCACCUGACCCUGCGCCGGGCGCUGUGGGCCGUGGCCGUGCUGCUGUCGCUGGCUGCCUUCCUCUACCAGGUGGCUGAGAGGGUGCAGUACUAUGAGGAGUUCCACCACGAGACGGCUCUGGAGGAGCGGGAGAGCCACCAGCUCACCUUCCCUGCAGUCACGCUGUGCAAUAUCAACCGGCUGCGGCGCUCACGCCUCACGCCCAACGACCUGCACUGGGCCGGGCCAGCGCUGCUGGGCCUGGACCCUGCUGAGCAUGCUGCCUUCCUGCGUGCCCUGGGCAGGCCCCCCGCACCUCCCGGUUUCAUGCCCAGCCCCACUUUCGACAUGGGACAGCUCUACACCAGGGCUGGGCACUCCAUGGAUGACAUGCUGCUGGACUGCCAUUACCGUGGUCAGCCCUGUGGGCCAGAGAACUUCACUGCGAUCUUCACGCGAAUGGGUCAGUGCUACACCUUUAAUUCUGGUGCUGGCGGGGUGGAGCUGCUCACCACUCCCAAGGGCGGGAUGGGCAACGGGCUGGAAAUCAUGCUGGAUGUGCAGCAGGAUGAGUAUCUGCCUGUGUGGAGGGACACUGAGGAGACCCUAUAUGAGGUGGGAGUCCGAGUUCAGAUCCACAGCCAGGAAGAGCCGCCCACCAUUGACCAGCUGGGCUUUGGGGCAGCCCCGGGCUACCAGACCUUUGUGUCCUGCCAACAGCAGCAAUUGACCUUUCUGCCACCACCCUGGGGUGACUGUAGUUCUGUAUCUCUGGACCCUGACAUAGAGCCAGAGUCCCCUGGUUCCCUAGGUGGCACCAACCCUAACCCAAGCCCUAGCCCUCCCUACAGCCUAAUGGGUUGUCGCCUGGCCUGCGAGACCCGCUACGUGACGCGGAAGUGUGGCUGCCGAAUGAUGCACAUGCCAGGCGGCGCCCCAGUUUGCAGCCCCCAGCAGUACAAGGAUUGUGCUGACCCGACGCUGGAUGCCAUGCUGCGGAAGGAUGCGUGCAAUUGCCCCAGCCCGUGCGCCAUCACGCGCUAUGCCAAGGAGCUCUCCAUGGUGCGGAUCCCGAGCCGCGCCUCCGCGCGCUACCUGGCCCGAAAGUACAACCUCAGCGAGGCGUACAUCGCGGAGAACAUCCUGGUGCUGGACAUUUACUUUGAAGCCCUCAAUUACGAGACAGUGGAGCAGAAGAAGGCCUAUGAGGUGUCAGAGCUACUUGGUGAUAUUGGGGGCCAGAUGGGGCUGUUCAUCGGGGCUAGCCUACUCACCAUCCUUGAGAUCCUGGACUAUCUCUGUGAGGUUUUUCGAGAUCAAGUCCUGGGGUAUUUCUGGAACCGCAAGCGCUCCCAGAGGCACUCCAGCACCAAUCUGCUCCAGGAACAGCUAGGUGGCCCUCAAACCCAGCUGUCCCAUUUCAACCUGGGUCCCAGGCCUCCCACAUCUUCCUGUGCUGUCACCAAGACCAUCUCUGCCUCCCACCGCACCUGCUACCUGGUCACACGGCUCUAG